GCCAUUCUAUGAAAAGGCAUCCUUGGCAGAAGGUCCUGAAAGAUGGGGAAUGAAGAUGGAGAUGGGACAGGAUGCCUCCAAAGAAUGAGAAUAGCGACAAGAACACCUCCAAAGGAGGUCCGAGGCCCUACUCUGAAAGUCUGCAGAAUAAUGUUGGUGGUUCUUCUGGCAGUGAGCGUUGCUCUGAAGUUGUAUCUCCUUUUCAUUCUCCUUCAGCCAGUUUUUCAGGCAAACUCUUCAGAAAUUGACUCCACUUCUGCAGUCUCAUUUCGUUCCUGUGAACUGGCCCAUCGCAAUUUAACAGAAGACCUGACUUUGGAUCCAGAGACAGCACAUUACCAGCUGGUUUUGACAACAGAUGGCAAAAAUGUUUGGCGUGGAAACAGUACAGUAGAUACGCUAUCCCCAAACGAAAAGAGAUUUGACCAUGUCCUCAGUAUCCUGACCCAUCAGGGAUUCACCUCAGGGAAACAUUGCUGGAAGGUGGAUACCAGGAAUGGGAGAUACUGGGCUAUGGGGGUUGCCAGAGAGUCUGUGAGAAGAAAGGGAAGGUUCAACAUUAGUCCUGAGGAAGGGUUCUGGGCGAUUCAGCAGUGGGAUGGUGAAUACCAGGCUCUCACUUCCCCAACACUGGUUCUCUCUCUGAGAAAUUUCCCCAGAAUUAUCUGGGUGUAUUUGGACUAUAAAGAAGAGAAGGUGGUGUUUUUCAAUGCUGUGACUAAAGACCCCAUUUUCACUUUUCCAAAGGCUUCGUUUUCUGGAGAAAGAGUUUCCCCCUGGUUUGCAGUGUGGGCCUCGGGUUUCUACCUUACUCUGCUGCCCUGAGAUACCAAGAGCUAGGCCUACAGACUAAAGGGCUCUGGUAUUUGUGGCUCUCAAAAGACAUUUCUGCCACUGGACUCAAACUUCAUUCUGUUGCUUCAGACCAACAUAUUUAACUGAAUCUAUCCUCCCAUUUUGUUUACUCGGUUUCCCUCCUCCUUCCAUUAACUCUCCUCAGCUUUCAGUUUGGCCUUUCUGUUUCUACCUUAAAGAGGUAGCUCUUUGGGAAUAAAACAGUUAUCCAAACAAACAGAUUGCUGAGAGCUACACCUGGUUCUCAGGCAAUAGUCCACACAUCCCCCUCAUAGAUAGAGUUACCAGCUUUGGGUUAGGAAAUACUGGAUUUUUUUUGGGGGGGGGGAGGACGGAUGGGGUUUGGGGAGGGGAGGAACUUCAGUCCUCCUUCCAAAGUGGCCAUUUUCUCCAGGUGAACUGAUCCUUGUCACCUGGAGAUCAGUAAUCUCAGGAGAGCUCCAGCCACCCUACAUCAUGUCACCCAGACCCAAGCCAGACUUCACCCAGAAAGCAAAUCACCCAACUUUCCCAGUCUCAUGGCUAGUCACAUAAACAUAGGAAGCUGCCUUCUACUGAGUAAGGUCAUUGACAUACGAAAGCCGGUAUGGUCUACUCUGACAGGCAGCAGCUGUCCAGGGUCUCAGGCAGAAGCCUCUCACAUCACCUGCCACCUGAUCUUUUUAACUAAAGAUGCUGGGAGUGACCUGCAUACAAAACAAAUGCUCCAACCCUGAACCAUGGCCCUUGCCUCUUUGGGUCCUGGGUAUUUUGUUGCCCUUAGACACUUUUCCUUGGUGGCCCUGUCAACUAGAAGCCACAUACCAGAGCCCUGGUAGCAGCCUGUCUCUUCCAAUGCUCAACCCCACUUUAUAAACUUCUUAACUGUCUGUUGUCUUCUUUCCCCCACUCAGCGAUAGCUUGGCUAACAUUAUUUUUUUUUAAAAAAAUGCUAGCUUGGCUGUCACUUGACAACACUUUCCAUCAUCACCAUCUUAGCCAUGAGAGAGGCAGGUUCAUCCAGAAAGCUUUUUUUUUAAAGCUUUCAAAAUACCACAAAUAAGACAGAACCGGGAUCUCAGCUUCUUUGUUUUGAAUUUUUUAACAUGGAUUUGUCAUGGUUUGAGCACCGCACAUGAAAGAUUCUGCUUGGAAGUAUGGUUUAUGUGGAACACCUCAUGAUAUACCUGGAACACAUUGUGGAACUGUAAGAGAAGUCUAUCUUGUGUGUGUCACAACACUCACAGUCCUUGUGAUAUAUUAAAAGUUUGGGGCUUUUUAGCCAUACGA